CGUGUACGCCUAAGUCGCAAAUGUAAACAAACACUUUGGUGGGUCCGGUGGUGCUGGUGAGUCUAGGACGCAAAGCAAAGCCGACCGCGGCAGCAGCCAGGACUCGGACGCGGAAACCUUCGUGAGCCAAACAGCAGCAGCGGAACGCCUUCGAAGGAUGGUGGUGCGGGUACGGGACGAGGUCAAAUGCUCAAAAAGGGCAAGGUGAGCUUCCUGCAGGAACAGCAGCUGUUCCACUACCGGAAUGGGAUGGGAGGUAGGAAUGUGGAUUCGCACCGGUUGUAUUCGGUGGUGGUGGCCCGGGGUUGGUGGUUGAAGGUCGAUUCCCGCGAGGACUGGGGCUAGAUUAUCAAAGAGAUGUCUCUGCCGAAGCGUUGCAUGAACAACGAGUUUGUGUUGAAGAACCAUACUUGCCGACGAUUCCAACUUUCCUGGUACGCUUGGCCAUUUUAUCGGGUUUUUGUCGAAAUUGAUUGAAUUUCUUAAGCUGACACGAAAAGUGUGCAGUCUCUUCAAUGGAAGUUGACGGAAAAAGCAUUAACGUCUGGUUUUUGGACAAGUACGGGAUAGUUAAUUUUUACGAUGGUCCUCCGACGAAGAGAAGGACGACGCAAAGCUACAUAAUCGGAGGUGGUCAGCGCAGAUGUUGCACUCGGUGCAGGCGGUUUACAGCGCCGCAACUUCCCGCCCACAAAUAUUCACGUCGCGACGGCGCAGCUUCAGCCGAAUGAAUCUGGACAGUGAGCCAAAAAAAAUCUGUGUCAUUCUCGAAGUAAGAUGUAGUGCUCAAAAUCGAACUCCGUUCCGAGGGCCUCGUCAACUCCAUGUUCCGGAUGCCCUUACAGGAUCGGGAACUCCCCGUUCAGGCACUUUACUUUCCAGCCGGAAAACGUCGACCACCCUUCCCGAAUCAAUGGCCAACUCCUCCAAGACUGUCCUGAUUGAGGCCGGAAACGUGACCAUCGUGUUACAUUGCUGUCGCGCGUCGAAGCCUCCAUCCGGAACCGUCCAGCCUGGGGUAUUCGGAAGUGACCGGUGGCGUACCGUAUGAAGCAGAAGCUAGUGGA